GGGACGCGUUUUAUUUUUUCUGCUCUCACAUCCCAGCAGCCGUUUCCACGAGUCCGGGCAGCGACGCUGGUGCCACCGCUGAUUGACCGCUCUCAUCAUUGCCGUUCAUAAAGCGGUAUUAUGGGCUGAGCGGAGGAGGCGCGGGUGGGGCCUGGCUGAGAGCACGCGCACACCAUGGUCACUGACCGGAGACUCCGCUGGCUUCAUUCUGCUCACAUCGGACCGCAUGUCUGACCCAGGCGUCCGCCCGGAGCGAGCUGCGCUCAUUCCCCCGAUGUUUGACAGAUGGAUGCGGUGCCGUCGUCGGUCGGAGGAUGAAAAACGCGCCUGAUAUGUUUUUUGGCGUUUUUGCUCAUAGCCUGUUUAUGGGAGGCGGCAGCGGCUCGGCCCUUUCUUUAUUGCAGGGAUGAGAUCUCCGCUCUAAGCUAUGUGAAUCGCCUGAUAAUUCUCGUUUCGCGAUCCUGAGGAAUAAUUAUGAACAACGCGCAGGAUAUGUCGCCUGACUUCGUGUUGAUGCGCCUGGUUUCCGCGGCCGAGGACGACCGCCUGGACGCAGAAAACGGGAAUCUGCCGCCGGCAGGAGUGGUGGCAGGGCUGGGGAAGGAGGUCCUGGCUCACAGCGGCGUCAAAGCGGGCUUGGAUAUAAGCCGAGAUCCGGCGGCGGGCCUCGAGCAUCCCAGCAGCCGCGCGAACAAAGCGCAGGCGAGCGGCGGCGGCGGCGGCGGCGGCGGCACGGCGGCACCUGACGCCGCGGUGCCGGAGAGCCGAGCCCCGCUGCCCGCUGCUGCGCCUCCGCAGAGCCCCAUGGAGGCCCGUGGCUUCGACUUCGCUCCCAGCGCCGGCCUGCGGCCUCAGCUGCUGGUGUUCUCCAAUAUGAUGCGGAACGGGGAAGGCAUUUUAGAACUCGACCGCCGGAACCAGCCCAGAGAUGCUCUGGGUUUGGACCCGAGCCCGGGGUCUGGCUGCUCCGGCCCGACUAUCAAUAACAACACCCUGAGUCCGGGAAACGUCCAGCAGCCGAACCUGCUGGACGGGACGUGGGGAGCGCAUCCGCAAGUGUCGAUAGCCGCGGAGAUGCGGGGCUCUGCGGAGCUGUGCGGGCGGCAUCGGCUCAUCGCCACCCCGCCCGAGUGGCCCUUGUUGUCGCAGAGGUCCGACGCUCUCACCGUGCUCGACUCUGAGUGGGGAUGCGCCACCAGGGACCGGGAAGGAGCCGUGUUUGAACUGGCCCGGCGGUUCGGAGAGCUGGGGGUCAGCUCGGUUCCUAAGAUCCUGUUUAAAGCCGGGGAGCUCCCGCAGUGCUCGUGUCAGGGCGCUCACGGACGGGUCGCAGGCGGGGUAGAGCCCGCAGACGACCCAACGGAAACCAGCGACGCUCUGUUGGUGCUGGAGGGUCUGGGGAGCGGGGACGUGCCCGGCCUGGGCAUGGACCAGUGCCCGGAGGACGAGACGGGCGACGAGAUAGGACGUCGCGAGUUUUUGCUAAACAGGAAAAGGGAAAUUGUUCAGAAAAUGUCCGGGACUUUCUCCAUCAGCAGUUUCCAGGAGGAGCUGAGCAGGCGGGUGGAGGGGAUGGCCCCGGCACCGGCACCGGCCCCGGCGGCCGCGCAGCCUGGCGCGCAGGUGUGCAGCCUCCACGCGGCCCUUUCCAGCCGGCUGGCACAGGUCAGCUCCGGGGAUGCGGGGGUCGUCGCCCACGUGUCCGCGAUGUCGCCGUCAUCCACGCCGGUGCAAAGCUCGCCGUGGGCCACGAGCCCGAGCUCCAGCCGCGCGUCGACACCCAGGAGGAGACCCGACCGGUGCGCAAGUGCGCCUCGGACUCCGACGGGCCGCGCUGCGGGCGGAGAGAGGACGCUCAAAGUUCCAGGGAAGUCGAAAAAGGGCUCGUUGAAGAUCCGUCUGAGUAAACUGUUCCGGACUAAAAGCUGCAGCGGCUCCAACCACCUCCUGGACAAGAGGCCCUCCGUGACCUACUCGGUGUCUUCUGCCGGGAGUCUGGUGGACAUGAGCGCGUCCGGUGCCGAGCACGACGCAGACGGCCACAACCAGCCCAGACUGACCAGGGCCCACAGUGCCUUCUCCCCCGCCUCCCUCUCUGCCUCCCUCUCUGCCUUCGCUGGUGAGACCGUGUCUCUGGUGGACGUGGACAUUUCCCGGCGGGGGGCCACCACGCCGCACCCUCCCACGCCCCCCCCUCCUCCACGCCGUAGUCUCAGCCUGUUGGAUGACAUAGCCGGGCCUCAGCCUGGACCUUUCCUAGUGAGCGUCAUGGGCGCCUCCCUGCAGUCCCUCCCCCUGCCUCUCCCUCCUCCUCCUCCUCCCUCACACGCCACCAUCCAGCACAGUCUCAGCCUCAAUGACGCCUUCCUCCGGACCCUUCCCCAUUCCAACGCGCCGCCUGCCAGCGCUCCGGCGCCCGGCAGGCCGCCGCCCUCCGUGCUGUGCGCCCUGCGGCGGUCUGAGGCCAGCAACUUCACGGCCAGUCUGCGGGAGCUGGAGAAGUGUGGCUGGUACUGGGGUCCAAUGAACUGGGAGGACGCGGAGAUGAAGCUGAAGGGGAAACCAGACGGGUCCUUCCUGGUUCGGGACAGUUCAGAUCCUCGGUACAUCCUGAGCCUCAGCUUCAGGUCGCAGGGAGUCACGCAUCACACGCGCAUGGAGCACUACAGAGGGACGUUCAGUUUGUGGUGUCAUCCGAAGUUCGAGGACCGCUGUCACUCUGUGGUGGAGUUCAUCGAGCGAGCCAUAAUGCACUCCAAGAACGGCAAAUUCCUCUACUUCCUCCGCUCCAGAGUGCCAGGACUCCCUCCCACUCCGGUUCAGCUGCUUUACCCCGUGUCUCGCUUCAGCAACGUGAAGUCUCUGCAGCAUCUCUGCCGCUUCUGCAUCCGACAAAUCGUGCGCAUCGACCACAUCCAGGAGCUUCCACUGCCCAGACCUCUGAUUUCCUACCUGAGUAAGUUUUAUUACUACGACCCAGAGGAGGAGAUGUACCUGUCAAUCAAGGUGGUGGGGUCGGAGCAGGAGGCCGAGGCGCAGACGUAGCAGCAGAGACCUUCUCAGCUCAAGUUUCCACAUAGAGGACGGAUCUGAUCUGUACCCGGCUGCCAGACGUCCAGCAACAGCAAAUCAGAGUCCCCAGAACCCUCAGUGUCCAGCUGGACCGGGAUGGAGCCUGGCCCAUCUCCGCUGAUUUGGACUAAUGAACGCAGGGACGAGUGUUUGCACUGACGGAGGAGCAGCUGCAGAGAUGUCAGCCUCGUCUUCAGAGGGACUGCAGAGAUGCUCUCACCUGCAAACACGACAGAGGAAGAUGAUUCUGGACUUUUAAAACUCAACAUGCUGAUCAGUUUCUACUGUUGUCUUCUCUGUUGUUUGCUGCCAUUUUGUUGUUUUUCCUUCCAUUUUGUCGAAGUGAGGUUGUUUUAUUUUGAAGUUCUCCCUUGGGAUUGAGCGGCCGGACAACAGAGGCCUGUUACUGAGUAUCUGAACGGUCGAGGUGUUUGUUUGGUUUUUCUUUUCGAAGCAAAACAAGCAUCAAUGUCCAUUUCUGACAUUGAUGCUGGACUUAAUAUGAAAUAAAAGUUGAGUAAGAAUCAAA